UUUUAUUGUUGUGUUGUUUCCCACAGCUCCUGUUUUUAUUUAAUUUUCAAUUUAUUAAUUUGAUAAAUAGUGUAAUGCUGACUAUUUUCCAGUUAUAAAACACAUUGAUAAAUAAAACAUAAUAAUGGAUUUGAACAUACGACGAAAAUCUACGCGAGCUCCGGUUACAGGAAGUCUCAUGGAAACCUAUCCUCAUGAUCUUCAAAUGUAUAAAGUUCCGCCAACUGAAAACAUUUCUUUACAAGAGUUUGAAACCUUAGCUUUGGAGAGGCUAACACUUCUUAGGAGUUUAGCUACAGCUACAACUUUGCGAGGACUACGAGCGUACUCUGAUGAAUGGAAGGAAUUUGUGACAACUGAUCUAAGAAAUCAAGGUUUGAAAUACUAUUCAAGGCUUUUCGAAGUCUCUAAAUGUGGUACAACAGAAGCCGACUUACAAGCUAGGAGAAAAGAUCACAUUGCUCACUUUAUACUUAGAUUAGCUUACUGCAGAAAUGAAGAGCUACGACGUUGGUUUGUGGCAAGAGAACUAGAACUUUUCAAAAUGAGGUUUAUUAACAUGAGUGGAGAUGCUGUAGAAUCUUUUUUUAAACUAAACAGUCUGUGCUAUAACAAUAUAUCUGAAGAAGAGAAAAAUGAAGUUAUUACCUUCCUCAGAGAAUCAACUUCUCAUCCUAAUGUGGACAACAUGAAAUUUUAUAAAGUAAAAUUCUAUGAAGUUCUAGAUUUGGUCAAGUCCAGGAAAGUAUUUCUGAGAGGUGGUUAUGCUUAUAUUCCACAUAAAGACUUUGUGUCUGUAUUGUCUGCUCAGUUUCGUACACAUUUGAGGCAAAACUUGGCUGUUGCUUGUCACCACCUUGGAGAGAUUGAACAGGAUGAGAGGCUUGUGAGUCUAUUGAAGGGCCUGCACCAGUCAUAUACUGGUAACAACUUUACUGACACUAAAGCGGUUGUGCCUAUUGAGAGUUUGGACUCCCUUUCACUCAAAUCUUUCCCGUUGUGUAUGAGACAGCUGCACGACCAAUUAAGGUUAGCUCAUCACUUGAGACAUGGAGGCAGACUUCAGUAUGGCCUGUUCUUGAAAGGUAUUGGAGUGACUUUGGAAGAUUCUCUCAGAUUUUGGAGGGAGGAGUUUACCAAAAUGAUGGAUUUGGAUAAAUUUGAGAAGCAAUAUGCUUACAAUGUCAGAUACAACUAUGGAAAAGAGGGUAGUAAGAAGAAUUAUUCCCCAUUCAGCUGUUUGAGAAUAAUAAAUGAGACUGUUGGUCCUGGUGACUGCCAUGGAUGUCCUUAUAGGCAUUGUGAUGUUAGCAAUCUGAAGAAUAAAUUACUAGGAUAUGGGUUAGAUCCUCAAGCUGUAAAUGACAUAGUGGAAGUGACCAAAAAGGGUCAUUACCAGGUGGCUUGCAGCAAAUACUUCGACACCGUACACUCCAUUGACUUUGGCUUAGGCAUAAAUCAUCCCAAUCAAUACUUUGAAGAAAGCCAGAAACUUCUCAAAGGUGAAAUUAAAGUGGAAGCUAAGAAAGAAAAUAAGCCCAACAUCAAAAAAGAAUCCAUUGAAGAUAUGGAGUUUGAUGAUGUGGCAGAAUGGAAUUAGUUUUAAGUUUAAGUAAUUGUCUAGAUAAUUAAAUAUAAGGAUUAUGUAAA